AUGCAGAAAAAAAUAUUAUUAUUAUAUAUAUAUUUGUUCAAUUUAUAUUACAUAAAAUUAAGUAAUUGUCUAUCAGAAUAUUUAUAUAAAUUAAAAAUAAGAAAGAGAUAUUUUAUUUCACCAAAAUGUAUAUUAAAGGUAACUAAAAUUAAUUCUGAUGAUAAAUAUAAAUUAAGCAAAAUAAAAAUAAAACAUGCGAAUAAUAAAAAAUUAAUUAAGACAUAUUCAUUAAUUAAUAGUAAUAUUGGUGAAAUAAAAAAAAAAAAGAAAAUUAUUAUAGGAAAUUGGAAAUGUUAUUUAUCAAAAGAACAAGCAUAUAAAUUAAUUGAUACAAUAACACAAAUUAAAUAUUCUAGUUAUAUUGAUUUAAUAAUAUCUCCUAAUUUAUUAUAUAUUCCAUAUUUACAACAAAAAAUAAAAGAGAAUAAUUCUAAGAUAAUCACAUGUUCUCAAGAUGUCAGUUUAGUUAAUGGUUUUGGUCCUUUUACAGGAGAAACAACAGCCAAAUUAAUUUAUGAUUUUGGUAAUAAAUAUACUAUAAUUGGUCAUAGUGAAAGAAAAAAGGGAUUUUAUAAUAAUGUAGAAACUAUCGAACAAACAGUUUUAAAAGUCUAUAAUGCAAUUCAUUCCAAAUUAAAAGUUAUAUUAUGUGUCGGUGAAGAUUAUGAUUAUACAAAUUUUCAUCUUUUUUCUUCAAAAAUAAAAGAAUUGCUAUCUAUAAUUAAAAAAAAAAUUUCAAAGAAUGAAAUGAAGAAUAUAAUAAUUGCUUUUGAACCAAAUUUUGCUAUCGGAACAGGAAAAUCUGUAUCAUAUAAUAUUUUAAAUGAUUGCUGUUUAGAUAUAAAAAAAAAUAUAGCUAAUGAAAUAAGUCCACAAAUAAGUGAUGACAUAUCAAUAGUUUUUGGUGGAUCUAUAAAUAAGUCCAAUAUGAAAAAUUAUAUAGGUAAUACCAUUAGUGAUGGUUUCUUAAUAGGAAAAGCUUCAUUAGACGAAACUUUUAUUGAUAUCAUAAAAUACGUUGAUCAAUAUGUUUUGUCCAACAUUUAG